AUGACCAACUCAUUUGAUAUAAUUUCGCACCCAUGCCCUUGGCCAGCAUGUACUUACGGAUCAGAGAAUAUUGGAAACAUUUUAGAUCAUUUCACGAGCAACCAUUGUAAUCAAAUAUCGAUAAAGUUGCUGUCAUUCACUCGAUUUGGAGUUGCCAUCGAAGACGAAAAAAAGAAUUCUUCAGGAAAUUUGAGCUCUAAAAUAAGAGAAAAAAAUCUUGGGGACGACCAUAACUAUAAUCAUAAAAAUUACCGCAAUAACUAUCGUGCUAACUCCGAUAAUCUGAACUCUAUAAGUCAUUCUGACGGAAGUUACUUGACGGCGAAGGAAAGAAGUGGCUAUUCAUACAAGUACGGAUCAUAUGAGGAGAUUUCAAGGAAAACCGAAAAUCUGGAGCAAAGUAACGAUAAUUUACGACAAGUUCUGUUAAAUCCUCGAGAACAUAAUCAUCGACUAAAACUGUUCAAAGAGCAGCGAGACUUCUCAACGAAAAAAGAAACAAUGGACCGAAAACAAAAACGAAAUUGCAUGAUACUUGCACGAAAUAAAAGUCUGGUCUGGAACCCAAUUUCAAAGGAACUGUGGUUCCAAGAACGGUCGACAACGAGUUGA